ACGAGCGGCCGCGCUCACGGUAAUUGCGGGAAGAGGCGGGCUCCUCCCCCCGGCGUGCGUGCGGAGGGCGGCCUCGCCCGCGCGGGGCUGGGCGGGAGAGCGCGCGAGGAGCCGGCCCGAGCCCGCGUCUCCUCAGACGUGCCCCAUGGCAGCCCCGGUGGCCGCUCGCGAGGCGCCGGGCCUCCGGGAAGCCCCGACCCUUCGUCUAACCCCAGAGGCCGGCCUCGAGGCGGCGGGCAUGGUGGAGCUGGAGGAGGAGGACGAAGAGGAGGAGGAGGCGGUGGCGGCGGCCCGGAGAGCUCGGACUUUCGCCCAGGAUACGCGGGUGCGCUUCGUCGGCGGACGUGUGGAGCAGAUGCUGGGGCUCCGGGAGGAGAAAUGGAGCCAGUAUCUGGAAAGCGAGGGCAGCCGGCAGGUCCUGAGGGAGUUUCUGGAGAGCCCCAGCCCUGCCUGCCUUGUGUUCAGCGUCGCCGGCGCGGGGCGGCUCGCGGCCUCCCAGCAGAUUCCAAGAGAUGCAAAACACAAAAUUGUUUAUAUUGCCAAGAAGAUUACUGAAAGCAUUGGAGUAAAUGAGUUCCCUCAAACAGUUUUAUUUGGAGAGUUACCUGCCUCAUCUCUUGGACAUGUAACUGCUUUCCUAGAUGAGAUUUUAGUGCCCAUUCUUUCCAAUAAGAACAACCAUAAAUCCUGGUCCUGUUUUAUUUCACAAGACAUGGAACGUCACAUAGAAGUCAUGAGAAGUAAAAUGCAUGUUUUUAGAGGCAAAAUGUUGAGAAGAACUCUUCUACCAAUUCCCACUAUUGCAGGAAACAUUGACCUGGAUCAGAAAUAUUCAGAGAUCAAGGUAGAAUCAAAUGAACGGACAAUUCUCCAUGCAAUUGAAUCAGUGGUUAUUAAAUGGUCACAUCAAAUCCAAAAAAUUGUAGAACAAGAUUCAGUGCAGCCUUUACUGAAUUGUCUUCACUCAAAUCCUCAAACUGAACUGGAUUUCUGGACGAUGAGGAGAGAGAAUCUGUCAUGCAUUUAUGAUCAACUCCGGGCUCCCAUCGUCCUCAAAAUGGUUAAGAUCCUGAAAAAUAAGCAAAGCAGCUAUUUUCCAACUGUGAAGGACAUCUUUAUGGCUGUGAAACAUGCUCUGCUCGAAGCCCGAGAUGUGGAACUUCACCUGAGACCCCUGAGGAGACACAUUCAGUGUCUCCAGGAGACUGAAUUCCCACAGAUCUGUGUAUUAAUUGCCCCAUUAUUUCAUACCAUCUGUCUGAUCUGGAGCCAUUCCAAGUUUUAUAAUACCCCUGCUCGGGUUACAGUUUUAUUGCAAGAGUUUUGUAAUCUCUUCAUUGACCAGGCAAUAGCUUACCUUUCACCUGAAGAGCUUUUGAAAGGAGAAAUUGAAGACUCUCUGGAAAAGGUGCAGGUGGCCGUGAACAUCUUAAAGACUUUCAGAAAUUCUUUUUUCAACUAUAGAAAAGGAUUGGCAAGCUAUUUUGUGGGCAGUAAGGAGCUGAAACCAUGGGAUUUCCAGUCUCAUCUGGUGUUUUGUAGAUUUGACAAAUUUCUUGACCGUGUCAUGAAAAUAGAGGAUGUAUUUGUCACCAUGUUGGAAUUUGAGAAGCUGGACAGACUUGAAUUUGGUGGUACCAAGGGAGCAAUUUUAAAUGGACAAAUCCAUGAGAUGAGUGAAGAAUUUAUGGAACUCUGUAAACUUUUUAAACAGAGCACCUAUAACGCAUGUGAUGACAAUAACAUGGAAUUUGAAAGUGAUUAUGUCAUCUUCAAGUCCAAAACUUUGGAUUUUGACAGAAGGCUCGGGACGAUUCUUUGUGAAGCUUUCGUUAACUGCAAUGGUUUAGAAGCUGCAUUUAAGCUUUUAACCGUAUUUGGGAAUUUUCUUGAGAAACCAGUUGUCAUGGAAAUUUUCAGCCCACAUUACAGCACACUCGUGCACAUGCUCAAUGCAGAGCUGGAUGUGUGUAAGCAGUUGUAUAAUGAACACAUGAAGCAGAUUGAACAGGGAAAUGUAGUUCUUAACAAGAAUAUGCCAUUUACCUCAGGAAAUAUCAAAUGGGCUGAAGAGGUCCUUGAUCGACUUCACAUGUUUUGGUCAAACUUUGCAUCUCUCUGUUAUCUAUUCUUGGAAAGUCCUGAUGAUGCCUUGGUUUAUCAGAAAUAUGUUGAAAUGACAACUUUACUAGACCAGUUUGAAAAUCGCAUCUAUAACGAAUGGAAAAGUAAUGUGGAUGAAAUCUGUGAAUUCAGCUUAAAUCAACCGUUAGUUAAAUUCAGUGCCGUAAAUGGUCUCCUCAGUGUCAACUUUGACCCAAAGUUAGUGGCUGUAUUAAGAGAUGUGAAAUACCUUUUGAUGUUGAAGAAAUCAGACAUACCGGAUUCAGCCUUAGCCAUCUUCGAAAAAAGAAACACUAUUUUAAAGUACAUUGGGAAUCUUGAACUUCUUGUGCAAGGAUACAAUAAACUGAAGCAGACUCUUCUGGAAGUUGAAUACCCCCUGAUUGAAGAUGAGCUGAUGGCAGUGGAUGAGGAGCUGUGGGCAGCUGCCACAUCGCUGACGUGGCAGGACGACUGCUGGGAAGACAUCGAGAGGGUGAAGGUGUCCACCUCUGAGUUGGAACGCAGAGUGGAGCGUGCACAGAGCAAUGUUAAAGUGAUUCAGCAGAUGAUGAGGGCGUGGGCCGAGUGCACGCUCCUUCCCAGGAGAGAGCACAGACGGGAGACCGCCUUUACUUGGGAAGACAAGGGUGAUUUGUUUGCUAAAAAAUACAAGCUGAUCCAAGACGAUGGCUGCAAGAUACACAACUUGGUGGAGGAAAAUAGGAAGCUCUUCAAAGCUGAUCCUUCUCUGGACACCUGGAAGAUUUAUGUAGAAUUCAUUGAUGACAUUGUGGUGGAAGGCUUUUUUCAAGCUAUAAUGCAUGACUUAGACUUCUUUCUGAUGAACACGGAGAAACGAUUGAAACCUGCGCCAUUUUUUCAAGCACAAAUGAUCUUGAUGCCCCCCGAGAUUCUGUUUAAACCUUCUUUAGAAAGAGAGGCUGGGGAUGGCUUCUAUGAUCUGGUGGAAGAAAUGCUAUGCAAUAGUUUCAGAAUGUCUGCCCAGAUGAAGCGAGUUGCAGCACAUCUGGAAAUAGCAAAUUAUCAGAAUGAUAUGGACAACAUGUUAGGCCUGACGGCAGGCAGGCAGGAAAUAAUGAAGAGAGUGGUAGAUGUUAUCAACAAAGUCUUGGACUUCAGAAAGACCCUGGAUGCAUAUGCUUACCUCUGGGUGGAUGACCGAGCCGAGUUCCUGAAGCACUUCCUCCUGUACGGCCACACUGCAUCAUCUGAGGAUGGGGAUCUGCAUGCAGAUGAAGAUGGUCCUGAACAACCACCAACUCUUGGGCAGUUCAAAGAGCAGAUUGACAUUUAUGAGGCUCUGUAUGUUCAGAUGAGCAAGUUUGAUGACUUCCGAGUGUUUGACAGUUGGUUCAAGGUGGAUAUGAAACCUUUCAAAGUGACCUUGCUCAACAUGAUUCGGAAGUGGAGCUGGAUGUUUCAGGAGCAUCUUUUGAGAUUUGUCAUCGACAGUCUGAAUGAGCUACAAGAAUUUAUAAAGGAGACAGAUGCUGGACUUCAGAGAGAAUUAAGUGAAGGCGACCAUGAUGGUUUGGUUGAUAUCAUGGGGCAUCUUCUGGCUGUAAGAAGCCGACAGAGAGCUACUGAUGAACUCUUUGAACCACUGAAAGAAACUAUCACGCUGUUGGAAAGCUAUGGCCGGAAGAUGCCUGAGCAAGUCUAUAUGCAGCUAGAGGAAUUACCUGAAAGAUGGGAAACUACGAAAAAGAUUGCAGCAACUGUCCGGCAUGAAGUUUCACCUCUCCAAAAUGCAGAGGUCACUCUUAUAAGGAAAAAAUGUAUUUUGUUCGAUGAGAAGCAGGCAGACUUCACAGAGAGAUUCAGACUCUACGCUCCUCUUGGUUUUAAUGCAGAAAGUCCAUACACAGUGCUCGAUAAGGCAAAUCAAGAGCUGCAGGCAUUAGAAGAAGAAAUGUUUCAGAUGCAGGAAUCUACCCAUCUUUUUGAAGUGGCUCCUCCAGACUGCAAACAAAUGAAGCAGUGUCGCAAAGAGAUGAAGUUGCUCAAGGGACUCUGGGAUGUCAUUAUUUAUGUUAGAAGAAGCAUUGAUAAUUGGACUAAAACCCAGUGGAGACAGAUUAAUGUAGAACAGAUGGAUGUGGAACUCAGAAGGUUUGCCAAGGAAAUCUGGUCACUCGAUAAGGAUGUGCGUGUGUGGGAGGCUUACUCAGGCCUGGAAGGCACAGUGAAGGAUGCAGUGACCGCCCUGAGAGCCAUCGCGGAGUUACAGAGCCCUGCCCUCAGAGACAGGCAUUGGCACCAGCUGAUGAAGGCUGUUGGGGUCAAGUUUUCAAUAAAUGAAGCCACAACAUUGGCAGAUUUGUUAGCCUUGCAGUUACACCAAGUGGAAGAUCAUGUCCGAAGCAUUGUGGACAAAGCAGUGAAAGAACUGGGGACUGAAAAGGUUAUUACUGAGAUCACUCAAACCUGGGCAACCAUGGAGUUCUCUUAUGAAUUUCACUAUCGGACAGGCAUUCCAUUACUGAAGUCUGAUGAACAAUUGUUUGAAACUCUUGAGCAUAACCAAGUUCAGUUACAGACUCUGCUUCAAAGCAAAUAUGUGGAAUAUUUCAUUGAGCAAGUCAUAAGCUGGCAAAGUAAAUUAAACACUGCAGACUCAGUCAUCUUUACUUGGAUGGAAAUCCAGCGCACUUGGUCUCACCUAGAAAGCAUCUUUCUUUGUUCAGAAGAUAUUCGAAUCCAACUUGUGAAAGAUGCUAGAAGAUUUGAUGGAGUAGAUGCUGAAUUUAAGGAGCUCAUGUUCAAGACAGCUAAAAUAAAAACUGUUUUAGAAGCAACAUGCAGACCUAAUCUCUAUGAAAAACUUAAAGAUUUACAGUACAGGCUUUCUGUUUGUGAAAAAGCUCUGGCUGAGUAUCUGGAAACCAAACGUGUGGCUUUUCCGCGCUUCUAUUUCAUCUCUUCCACAGACCUACUUGACAUUCUCUCAAAGGGAGCUCAGCCUACACAGGUAAUGCAUCAUCUUUCCAAACUCUUCGACAGCCUCGCAGAUCUGCAGUUUGAAGACGGUCAGGAUGUUUCCACGCACAGAGCAGUUGGAAUGUACAGCAAAGAAAAGGAAUUUGUUCCAUUCCAAGCUGAGUGCACAUGCAUAGGCCAUGUGGAAACGUGGCUUCUGCAGCUGGAACAGACCAUGCAAGAAACAGUGCGACGUUCUAUCAUAGAAGCCAUAGCAGCCUAUGAGGACAAACCGAGGGAGCUGUGGAUUUUUGAUUUCCCGGCUCAAGUGGCACUAACUAGCUCGCAAAUCUGGUGGACUACAGAUGUGGGAAUAGCCUUCAGCAGGCUGGAGGAAGGCUACGAAACGGCCCUAAAGGAUUUCCAUAAAAAACAGAUUGCUCAGCUGAAUACACUGAUUGCACUUUUGCUGGGAGAACUUCUACCUGGAGACAGGCAGAAGAUCAUGACAAUUUGCACCAUAGAUGUCCAUGCCAGAGAUGUGGUGGCAAAACUUAUUUCUCAGAAGGUCGUCAGUCCCCAAGCUUUUGCUUGGCUCUCUCAACUUCGUCACCAGUGGGAGGACACCCAGAAACAUUGUCUUGUUAAUAUCUGUGAUGCCCAGUUCCAGUACUUCUAUGAAUAUUUAGGAAACAGUCCUCGACUAGUGAUCACUCCUCUAACUGACAGGUGUUACAUCACUUUAACUCAGUCACUUCAUCUAACCAUGAGUGGGGCUCCAGCAGGCCCAGCUGGAACAGGAAAAACAGAAACCACCAAAGAUCUCGGACGUGCCCUUGGGAUGAUGGUCUAUGUAUUCAACUGUUCAGAGCAAAUGGACUACAAAUCCAUAGGAAAUAUCUACAAGGGAUUGGUGCAGACAGGCGCUUGGGGCUGCUUUGAUGAGUUCAAUCGAAUCUCUGUGGAAGUUUUGUCAGUGGUGGCGGUACAGGUGAAAAUGAUACACGAUGCCAUCAGAAACAGGAAGACGAGAUUUGUAUUUCUUGGGGAAGCUAUCACGCUGAAGCCAUCAGUUGGAAUAUUUAUUACUAUGAACCCAGGAUAUGCUGGUCGAACCGAAUUGCCAGAAAAUCUCAAAGCUCUUUUCAGACCCUGUGCCAUGGUGGCCCCUGACAUUGAGCUAAUCUGUGAAAUCAUGUUGGUUGCUGAAGGUUUUGUGGACGCACGCUUAUUAGCCCGCAAGUUUAUUACGUUGUAUACACUCUGCAGGGAGCUCCUGUCCAAGCAGGAUCAUUAUGACUGGGGACUUCGCGCUAUUAAAUCUGUCUUGGUUGUAGCUGGCUCCCUGAAACGAGGAGAUAAAAAUAGGCCAGAAGAUCAGGUACUCAUGAGAGCAUUAAGGGACUUCAAUAUGCCGAAAAUAGUGACUGAUGACAUCCCUGUGUUUUUGGGCCUGAUUGGUGACCUGUUUCCAGCCCUGGAUGUGCCCCGGAGGAGAGCGCCACACUUUGAACAAGUGGUCAGGCAGUCCACUGUGGAGCUCCACCUACAGCCCGAGGAAGCCUUCAUCCUUAAAGUUGUCCAGCUUGAGGAGCUGCUGGCUGUGCGACACUCUGUCUUUGUUGUUGGAAAUGCAGGCACAGGAAAGAGUAAGAUUUUGAGAACACUGAACCGAACAUAUGUUAACAUGAAACAAAAACCCAUUUGGAAUGACUUAAACCCUAAAGCUGUGACAACAGAUGAACUUUUCGGUUUCAUACAUCAUGCCACCCGAGAAUGGAAAGAUGGUCUCUUCUCGUCCGUUCUGCGAGAGCAAGCAAAUCUUACUCAUGAUGGGCCGAAAUUAGUCCUGGAUGGCGAUAUUGAUCCCACGUGGAUUGAGUCGCUAAACACCGUCAUGGAUGAUAACAAGGUGCUGACCUUGGCCAGCAAUGAGCGUGUGGCCCUCACUGCCUCUAUGAGGCUGCUCUUUGAGGUUCAUCACUUAAGGACUGCAACCCCAGCUACUGUUUCCAGAGCUGGUAUUCUCUAUGUGAAUCCACAAGAUUUGGGCUGGAAUCCGUAUGUGGCCAGUUGGAUAGACAGAAGGCAGCAUCAGUCAGAAAAGGCCAAUUUAACGAUUCUUUUUGAUAAAUAUGUUCCUGUGUGCUUGGAUAAGCUGAGAACGAGCUUUAAAACCAUCACUUCAAUUCCAGAGAACAACCUGGUGCAGACUAUUUGUACUCUUCUGGAAUGUUUGUUGACUCCUGAAAAUGUACCUUCUGACAGCCCAAAGGAAAUUUAUGAGAUCUAUUUUGUCUUUGCUUGUAUCUGGGCAUUCGGAGGCACUCUGCUACAAGAUCAGCUUUCUGAUUAUCAAGCUGAAUUCAGUCGGUGGUGGCAUAAAGAGAUGAAAGCAGUGAAGUUUCCAUCCCAGGGAACCAUUUUUGAUUAUUAUCUGGACCACAAAACUAAGAAAUUCUUGCCUUGGGCCAAUAAAAUUCCCCAACUCACGAUGGAUUCAGAUGUACCUCUGCAGAGAGUUGUGGUUCACACAUCAGAGACAACUCGUCUGAGAUAUUUCAUAGAGUUGUUACUUGAGAAGGGACAGCCACUAAUGCUGGUGGGAAAUGCUGGAGUGGGAAAAACAGUCUUUGUAGGUGACACGCUGGCCAGUCUCUCCGAGGAUUACAUAUUUGUCUUCCUCAUCUUUGUGAAUGGAACAGUUGAAAAACUGACUCAGAAGUAUUUCAUUCAUUUCUUUAUCAGAGGAGUUCUUGAGAAACCUCUAGAGAAAAAGGCUGGUCGUAACUAUGGUCCAGGAGGAAAUAAAAAAUUGAUUUAUUUCAUUGAUGAUAUGAAUAUGCCUGCAGUGGACUUAUAUGGCACUGUUCAGCCCCACACACUGAUUCGACAGCAUAUUGAUUAUGGACACUGGUAUGAUAGACAGAAAGUGAUGCUUAAAGAAAUUCACAGCUGUCAGUAUAUUGCCUGCAUGAAUCCAAAGGUGGGCAGUUUCACUAUCAACCCUAGACUACAGAGACAUUUCACGGUGUUUGCCUUCAACUUUCCGUCCUUGGAUGCACUAAACACCAUCUACAGCCAAAUCCUGAGUUUCCAUUUCCAGCAGCAAGCAUUUGCAUCCUCAGUUCUCAGGAGUGGUCCCACUUUGAUACAGGCCACAAUUGCAUUCCAUCAGAUGAUGACACGUAACUUUUUACCCACGGCCAUUAAAUUCCACUACCUCUUUAACCUGAGAGACCUGUCAAACAUCUUCCAGGGGAUUUUAUUUGCUUCUCCUGAAUGUUUAAAGGGUCCGAAUGAUUUAAUACGCCUGUGGCUUCAUGAAUCUUCUCGUGUUUAUGGAGACAAACUGAUAGAUGCAAAGGACUGUGAUUUGUUUCAGAAGAAAAUGCUGGAAACUGCUAAUAAAUAUUUUGAAGGAGUUGACAGCCGUGUGCUGCUCCAGCAGCCCCUCAUCUACUGCCACUUUGCUAAUGGCAGAGAAGACCCCUGUUACAUGCCAGUGAAGGACUGGGAGGUGCUGAAGACUUUUCUUACAGAAACACUGGAAAACUACAACGAACUCAAUGCUGCAAUGCACCUUGUCUUAUUUGAAGAUGCCAUGCAACAUGUGUGUCGCAUCAGCCGGCUCCUGCGGACCCCUCAGGGUCAUGCACUCUUGAUUGGAGUCGGGGGCAGUGGCAAGCAGAGCUUGUCCCGCCUGGCCGCUUACAUUUGCAGCCUUGAGGUCUUCCAGAUCACUCUGACCGAAGGCUUUGGAGUCCAGGAACUCCGGGUAGAUCUUGCCAAUUUGUACAUCAGAGCUGGAGCCAAGAACAUGCCCACUGUGUUCCUGUUGACAGAUGCCCAGGUUCUAGAUGAGAGCUUCCUCGUGCUGAUUAAUGACUUGCUGGCAUCAGGAGAAAUCCCUGAUCUGUUCAGUGAUGAAGAUGUAGACAAGAUAAUUUCUGGAAUUCGUAAUGAAAUUCGUGGUCUGGGCAUGGUGGACUCCAGAGAAAACUGUUGGAAAUUCUUUUUGUCCCGGGUGCAACUACAGCUCAAGAUCGUUUUGUGUUUCUCUCCGGUUGGUCACAGACUGAGAGCCAGAGCUUGCAAGUUCCCAGCCCUGGUUAACUGCACGGCUGUUGACUGGUUUCAUGCGUGGCCGCGGGAGGCUCUGGUCACAGUCAGCAGGAGGUUCAUUGAUGAGGCCAAGGGAAUCGAGCCCCUGAACAAAGAUGCUGUUAGCCUUUUUAUGGCCCACGUUCACACUAGUGUCAGUGAAAUGAGUGCCAGGUAUUACCAGAACGAGAGAAGAUACAACUAUACCACCCCAAAGAGUUUUCUAGAACAAGUGUCGUUGUUUAAAAGCCUGUUGAAGAAGAAACAAAAAGAGGUCUCCCAGAAGAAAGAGCACUUGGUGAACGGCAUCCAGAAGCUAAAAACCACAGCCUCUCAGGUGGAAGAUCUGAAAGGGAGGCUCGCCUCUCAGGAAGCCGAGUUACAGCUAAGAAAUCACGAUGCUAAAGCUCUGAUCACAAAGAUCAGGCUUCAGACGGAGAAAGUGAGCCGGGAAAAGGCUAUCGCAGACGCCGAGGAGCAAAAGGUGACAGCCAUUCAGACGGAAGUGUCCCAGAAACAGAGAGAGUGCGAGGCCGACUUACUGAAGGCUGAGCCAGCGCUGGUGGCCGCCACAGCUGCCCUCAAUACACUCAACAGGGUCAAUCUCACUGAGCUGAAAGUCUUUCCCAACCCUCCAAAUGCCGUUACCAACGUUACUGCGGCCGUGAUGGUCCUUCUGGCUCCCCGGGGCAGGGUGCCAAAAGACCGGAGUUGGAAAGCAGCUAAAGUCUUCAUGGGAAAGGUUGAUGAUUUUUUGCAAGCGUUGAUUAACUACGACAAAGAGCACAUUCCAGAGAACUGUCUAAAAGUGGUGAAUGAGCAGUAUUUGAAAGACCCAGAGUUCAAUCCAAACCUGAUUCGGACCAAAUCCUUUGCAGCAGCUGGUCUCUGUGCCUGGGUUAUCAACAUCAUUAAAUUCUAUGAGGUCUACUGUGACGUGGAGCCCAAACGCCAAGCCUUAGCCCAAGCCAACUUAGAACUGGCUGCAGCUACUGAAAAACUUGAGGCUAUCAGGAAAAAGCUGGCGGAUUUGGAUCGAAAUCUGAGCAGACUUACAGCUUCAUUUGAAAAAGCAAUAGCCGAGAAAUUUCGGUGUCAAGAAGAGGUGAACCAAACCAACAAAACUAUCGAACUAGCUAACAGACUUGUCACUGAGCUUGAGUCAGAGAAGAUUCGCUGGGGUCAGGCGAUUAAAUCCUUUGAAGCUCAAGAGAAGACACUCUGUGGAGAUGUUCUCCUUACAGCAGCAUUUGUGUCUUAUGUUGGAUGCUUUACAAGACAGUAUCGCCAGGAACUGGUAGACUGCAUGUGGGUUCCCUUUCUUCGACAAAAGGUCUCCAUUCCCAUAACUGAAGGGCUGGACGUGAUGACCAUGCUGACAGAUGAUGCCACAGUCGCCGCCUGGAAUAACGAAGGACUGCCCAGUGACAGAAUGUCAACCGAGAACGCCGCGAUCCUCACCCACUGCGAGCGCUGGCCCCUGAUGAUAGAUCCCCAGCAGCAAGGAAUUAAGUGGAUCAAGAAUAAGUAUGGAACCUCCCUGAGAGUCACAUGCUUGGGCCAGAAAGAGUUUUUGAAUGACAUUGAAACUGCUUUGGCCUUUGGAGAUGUCGUCUUAAUUGAAAACCUUGAGGAAACGAUCGACCCAGUCCUUGAGCCAUUGCUUGGCAGGAACACGAUUAAAAAAGGAAGGUAUAUCAAGAUUGGAGAUAAAGAAUGUGAAUUUAACCAGAACUUUCGCCUUAUCCUCCACACAAAACUGGCAAAUCCUCACUAUAAGCCAGAAUUGCAAGCUCAGACAACCCUCCUCAAUUUCAUGGUCACAGAAGAUGGUCUCGAAGCCCAGCUGCUGGCAGAGGUUGUCAGUAUUGAAAGGCCAGAUUUGGAGAAACUUAAGUUGGUUUUGACGAAGCACCAAAAUGACUUUAAGAUAGAGCUGAAGCACCUGGAGGACGACCUUCUUCUGCGUCUUUCUGCGGCAGAGGGGAGCUUUCUCGAUGACACCAAGCUGGUAGAGAGACUGGAGGCAACAAAGGCCACCGCGGCCGAGAUAGAGCACAAGGUGACUGAAGCCAAAGAAAAUGAAAGGAAAAUCAACGAGGCCCGAGAAUGUUACAGACCAGUGGCAGCAAGAGCAUCUCUUCUCUAUUUUGUUAUUAAUGACCUCAGGAAAAUCAACCCCAUCUAUCAAUUCUCUUUGAAGGCUUUCAACAUGCUGUUCCACAGAGCCAUGGAGCAGGCUGACAAGGUGGAUGACACGCAGGGGCGCAUCUCAGUCCUGAUGGAGAGCAUAACUCACGCCGUCUUCCUCCACACCAGCCAGGCGCUGUUUGAGAAGGACAAACUCACCUUCCUGUCCCAGAUGGCUUUUCAGAUUUUGUUGAAAAGAAAAGAAAUAGAUCCUCUUGAAUUGGAUUUCCUGCUUCGAUUCACAGUGGAGCACACGUACCCAAGUCCGGUUGACUUCCUAACUACGCAGUCAUGGAGCGCUAUUAAGGCGGUAGCCCUCAUGGAAGAAUUUUGUGGCAUAGACCGAGAUGUGGAAGGAUCUGCCAAGCUGUGGAGGAAGUGGGCAGAAUCCGAGUGCCCAGAAAAAGAAAAGUUACCGCAAGAAUGGAAGAAGAAAAGUUUAAUCCAGAAGCUGAUUAUUUUGAGAGCAAUGCGCCCUGACAGAAUGACAUACGCUCUCAGGAAUUUUGUGGAGGAAAAACUGGGUGCAAAGUAUGUGGAAAGGACCAGACUGGACUUGGCUAAAGCAUUUGAAGAAAGCAGCCCAGCCACCCCAGUGUUCUUCAUCCUGUCUCCAGGGGUAGAUGCCCUUAAAGACCUCGAGGUCCUUGGCAAAAGACUUGGAUUUACAAGUGACUCGGGAAAAUUCCACAACGUGUCUCUAGGACAAGGCCAAGAGAUGGUGGCAGAAAUGGCACUGGAGAAAGCUUCCAAAGGAGGACACUGGGUCAUACUCCAGAACGUCCAUUUGGUAGCCAAGUGGCUGGGAACCUUGGAGAAACUCCUUGAAAGAUUCAGCCAAGGAAGCCACAGAGAUUACAGGGUCUUCAUGAGCGCUGAGUCUGCGCCUACACCCGAUGAGCAUGUCAUCCCUCAAGGACUGCUGGAAAAUGCCAUCAAGAUGACCAACGAGCCCCCCACAGGAAUGCUGGCCAACUUGCACGCUGCUCUCUGCAGCUUUGAUCAGGAUACACUUGAAGUGUGCUCCAAGGAGCAGGAGUUUAAAAGCAUCCUCUUUUCUCUGUGCUACUUUCAUGCCUGCGUUGCUGGGAGACUGAGGUUCGGCCCCCAGGGCUGGAGCCGCAGCUACCCCUUCAGUCCCGGAGACCUCACCAUCUGUGCCAGCAUCCUCUACAACUACCUAGAGGCAAGCCCCCACGUCCCGUGGGAAGCCCUCCAUUAUCUCUUUGGUGAGAUCAUGUAUGGGGGCCACAUCACAGAUGACUGGGACCGCAAACUGUGCCGGGCGUACUUAGAAGAAUUCAUGAAUCCCUCUUUGAUCGAAGAUGAACUGAUGCUGGCACCAGGAUUUGCAGCCCCGCCGAACCUGGAUUACUCAGGCUACCACCAGUACAUAGAAGAGAUGCUUCCUCCAGAAAGCCCAGCACUGUACGGCCUCCACCCCAGUGCUGAAACAGACUUCCUGACAGUGACGUCCAAUGCUCUCUUCAGAACUUUGCUGGAGAUGCAGCCCAGGGAUGCACUCAGCAGUGAGGAGCUGGGGCAAUCCAUAGAAGACAAGGUUAAGAAUGUCUUGGAUGACAUUUUGGAGAAACUUCCCGAAGAGUUCAACAUGGCAGAGAUAAUGCAAAAAAAUCCAAAUAGAGGCCCCUAUGUUCUUGUUUGCUUCCAAGAAUGUGAGAGGAUGAAUAUUCUCCUGCGGGAAAUCCGUGUGUCACUUCAACAAUUAGACCUUGGACUGAAGGGGGAGCUGACGUUAUCUCCCGACCUGGAAGCGCAGCAGUCUGCGUUGGGUUGUGAUGCAGUACCAGACACUUGGAGCAAACUGGCUUAUCCAUCUACUUACGGCCUGGCCCAGUGGCUUAAUGACCUCCUCUUGCGAUGCCGAGAACUCGAUACCUGGACACAAGAUCUUGCCCUUCCAGCUGUGGUAUGGCUUUCGGGCUUCUUCAAUCCUCAGUCCUUCUUAACUGCAAUCAUGCAGACCAUGGCUCGGAAAAACGAGUGGCCACUGGAUAAAAUUUGCUUGACUGUUGAUGUUACCAAAAAAACAAAGGAGGACUACGGGCACCCCCCCAGGGAAGGUGCAUACCUCCACGGGCUCUUCAUGGAAGGUGCCCGAUGGGACCCCCAGUCAGGAACCAUUGCUGACGCCCGCCUCAAGGAGAUAAGGUCAGCGAUGCCAGUCAUCUUUGCAAAAGCCAUACCCGUGGACAGACAGGAAACCAAACACACCUACGAGUGUCCUGUGUACAAAACCAAGACAAGGGGCCCUGACUACGUCUGGACCUUCAGGUUGAAGAGCAAAGAGAAGACAGCCCGAUGGAUGCUUGCAGGUGUGGCUCUGCUGCUAGAGUCAUAAAACCCUGGUGCCGGGAUGCCCAUUCCUCCAGCCUCCGCCGGAACACAGUGAGGAUCUGUCAUUGUCACCGCUGCUACGCGUGGUCACUUAUUCUACCAAGAGGCAUACGAUAUAUUCUGGCUUAGGUAACUUUUAAGUAAGUUAAAUGUGUGUUAAUUUUUUUUAAACACCACCCUUGAAAAGUAGAGGAGGGGGGACAAAAAGCAAAUGUAGAAAAAAUACAGGAAAACUCCAGAAUCUGUUCACUUUCAACUUUCCCCAGUACCUCCCCCAUCCUGCAACACAAAAAAAGUAUAGUAUUUCUCACAUUUUUAUCAAAGUUCCAUUGAACAUACAUUCAACCUCAAAAACAUGGUUGGAAGUCUCCCGGUCCGUAUGUUUUAGUUCUUUCAGAUAUUAAACAAAAUCUUUUUAAAUUAAAAAUUAACCCUUAUAUUCUUUUAAAAUAUAGAAGCAACUGACCUCAGGCAGCAGGUGAAUCCUCAAUGAAGAGGCAGCUGCUCCUGCCGGCCAGCAGCCCUCCAAGGCCUCCAGUGUCGGUCAUGUGACGGUUCACUUUUGUUCAGGUUUUAAUAGAAAUAAAACUCUACUUCUGUGAUCAA